AUGAUUAUGAAUGAAGAGAAGAAAGACACAUUUACAAUCGAGAUGGAAGCGAGGAUGUAUGCGCCUUUAGAAUGGGAUUCGCCAGCGAUAUGCAAAAUACAGGAUCUUAAAGAGGCGCAGUACGAGGAAGCUCUGCGUCUGAUAAAACAUCAUUUCUUUCGAGAAGAGCCGAUGUGUAAAGCGGUGUCUUUACUGGAGGAUCAGAAAUCCGUAAAUGUAUAUCUCGACCUUGUAAAAACGUGGAUGAAAGACACCACCAGUUUGGUAGCACUCAGUUUAGCAUCAGGACGUAUCGUCGGAGUCGCCGUUGCAAGAAUUAAGAGUGAUGCAGAUAAAUCCGACACUUAUGAUCGGGUGCAAAAUUUCGAGGGCAAAGCCUUGGAGAAAAUUAUGGGUUUAAUCGGCGCUUUAAUAAAACAGACGAGUGCGUACAAAGAGCUGGAAUGCGAUGCAUAUUUUCGAGUCCACAUCCUUUGCGUUCAUCCGUCUUAUCAACAGAAGGACAUCGGUGCAGCCCUUUUGAAUGCUUGCAUCCGAAUUGCGUCCACGUUGAAUAUGACAGCUAUCGGUGGCAUUUUUACAUCGGGUCGCAGUCAAUCGCUUGCGCUAAAAUUGGGUUUGCAUCUCAUCUCGGAAAUUCGCUACAGUCGAUGGGUCGUCGACGAUCAAGUCAUGUUCGAUGAUACUGGAAAAGGGAAUUAUUCGGCUGCUUUUAUGGGAAUACGAAUAUCUCGCGAAGAAUCGCUCAGCAAUUAA